AUGUCGUUUCCACUCAGUUCCCGACCGUAUGGUCUGACCAUUGUCGCCGCCAUACUCGGCAUGCUCGCCUACUUUCGCACCCGGCUUAGCACAGACUCGUUCCCGUCUGAUCUGGGGAAACGCUCCACCUCCGCCAUCUUCCUGGCAUCCAUCUCCACCUUUGCUCAUUCCUCGAUCUCGUGGUUCCAUCAGUUCCUCUCGUCGCUGUCGCCGCUGCCGUCUUCUGCUGCUCCUUCACCAUCUCCGAGCAUGACCGUCGUCACAACCGCACAGCGCCCUCGCAGGUCCAGUGUCGCGGGCGAUCUCCUGGCGAAACUGCCCAGCACCGUCGUCGUCAGGAUCUUCGAGGCCACGGCCGAAAUCUCCAAGCGUGACAUCUGCAGCGUCUCCCGUCUAAAUCGUCGCUACCACACCUUGGCCGAUGCCGUGCUUUACAAGACGGUCCGCUUCCUUUCGCCUGAACUGCACCUUAUCUUCGGCCAAUCUCUCAACCGCCGACCCCGUCGUGGAUCGGCGAUUCACGAGAUCAAACUCGCCUACCCAGCCUCGCAGCUUUCCGAAGUCGUCUCCAAGUUGCCAGUCACUGGUGCUAGAGACUCGUACGACAAACCCCUACCCUUUGACAGUUUGUCUCGGACAAUCUCUACAAUGUCGAAUCUCGUGACCCUCGACAUUGCUGUCCCCGAGGCUUUGUUACACGGUAUCGGUCAGCUGUUCAACGGUCCCUUCGACUUGGCUUGCCUCCAAACAUGUACACUCUUCUAUCAGUGCCAGAAUGACCAGUUCUGGGAUCUCCAGGAGAACAUACACGUCUUUGGCCAUCCUACACUGGAGACUCUGGUAAUCAAAAAGGCCCGCCUGGGCGACAAGCCAUUCGAUCUUCCCGAACGCCCCGAAGAGACUGGUCUGAAAAGACUGCAUUUGAUCGACUGUGAUAUUAGCGAUGACGGUCUGUUCGAUUUGAUGCAUUACCCGGCCGCGUUGACAGAGUUUGUCAUGACACAAUCGCCAGAUCCUGGACCAGACCUGGAGGAGACCUCAGACAGCAUGAGGGACUACAUCAUUGCAAUCCAACCGCAAUGCAACUCCCUCGAAACAAUCACUGUGGAUCACCCGCUACUACGGAAUCGCAGAGCGCUCUCCUUGAGAGAUUUCGUCAAGCUCAAAACUCUCCGCCUCAACUGGGACCAUCAGCUCUUUGGACACUCUUCGAAGAAGCCCCGCCUGAAUUCCGUUGGCAUGCCGCCGGAGUUAGAGACCCUCGAGUUCUUCAAUCAGCUGGGCACUGACGAGGAGGUCACGGACCUCUUCGUGGCGAUGCUCAAGAACUUGACCGUCAUGGCUCGCAAACUGACGCAUCUGAUCGUCAUGGAGAGUGAGGAGGACGAGAAACCAGUUCCAAAGGAGGUGGAGGAGGCGUGCAAGUCGCAGCCUCAGCUUCGCGUGGACAUUAUUGGGAGGAUGGACACUGUGGAUUGUGGAGAGGACACAGCGGGAGGAAAUGGAUCCGACUCCGCAUAA